GCUCCUGCCUUCUCGCCCGCCCCCCAAAUUCACCUCGCCACCCUCCUCCACCUCGUCGGCGCGGGCGGGCAGCCAAACUCGGGGGCCACUGCAUCGCGCUCCUGCCGCGUGCCGUGCAUCCAUCCCUCGCCCUCAUCUCCCGCGCGCAUUCCACGCCUCUCCUGUGCCGCCACCCAGAGCCCCUCCUCGCCGCGCGCCUCCCCCUCCGCCUCUCCGGCUCCCGCAUCCUCCUCUCCCUCCGCGGAAGCAAGCCACCUCGACUUCUUCUCUCGCACGCAGUCAUUGCCCGACUCCUUGUCCACUCCAUUACUGGUUCUGGAGGUGGAGAUCUGCCUGGACUUGCAUUUUCUUCCUUUGUCCGGUUCAUGUUUCAUCAUAAGGGAUGAACAGCAGUCGACAAAUGGAACUCCACUACAUAAACACUGGAUUUCCGUACACUGUUACCGAGAGCUUCAUGGAUUUCUUUGAAGGUCUCACCUAUGCUCAUGCUGACUUUGCUCUUACGGAUGGCUUUCAGGAUCAGGGUAAUCCAUACUGGGCAAUGAUGCAUACGAAUUCGUACAAGUAUGGAUAUUCUGCUCCUGGGAACUAUUACAGUUACGCCCAUGUCUAUGACAUAGAUGAUUACAUGCAUAGAGCAGAUGGUGGGCGCAGAAUAUGGGAUAACACUACACCUGUAAACAAUGUGGACUCUGCCAAUGUUGUACUGCAGGGUGGUGAAGCUUCCCGUACAACUGCAAAUUCUACUACCGAGGAAUGCAUCCAACAGGCACAUCAAAGUCCGGGUAGUCCUCAGGUUGUUUGGCAAGAUAACAUUGACCCUGACAAUAUGACAUAUGAGGAGUUGUUGGAUUUGGGUGAGGCAGUUGGAACCCAGAGCCGUGGUCUCUCCCAAGAACGCAUUUCAUUGCUUCCUGUCACAAAGUACAAAUGUGGUUUCUUUUCAAGGAAGAAAACACGCCGUGAAAGGUGUGUGAUUUGCCAAAUGGAGUACAGGAGAGGAAAUUUGCAGAUGACGCUUCCCUGCAAGCAUGUAUACCAUGCCAGCUGCGUGACAAGAUGGCUUAGCAUAAACAAGGUAUGCCCUGUUUGCUUCGCUGAAGUUCCUGGUGAGGAACCCAAGAGGCAAUGAGUUAUUGCUUAUGUGGCCUCCACGAAGGUGUCGCGCUCCAAAGCUGAGCCCACUGCCCCCUAUGGAUGCAUGAUUUCUGCUUGAAGCCAUCAUGUUGUCCCCUCCUUAGAAUUGUGUAUUAGCAUCAUAUUACCAAAUAUAGGUUAUAAUCAGAUGUAGUUGCUACCGAGAGGUUUGCUGUAGGCUGCUGUAGAGUUCCGACUAUGAACUAAGACCACCUGCUAGACGAAAGCAUGCUCGAUCACUUCGAUAUGUUUUUGUUCAUUGCAAUGAGCAUGUUCUAGUUUGUGUUACUUGCAAUAUGAUUAAGAUUUUGCGGACAGAGAAAAAAAUGAUUUGUUACAUGAUGCUUCUGCCU